AUGCAAGUUGACACGGGGAUAUCUCAUUUAGGCCUAAAAUGCCAGCAAAUAAACAAUGUUGCAAAGGAUUACGAGUUUCUCACAGCAUUACAUGGCCAGUCUGAACAAAGUGGCAUGAAAAUAUUGUUUAAAAUGCUGGGUCGUCUAAGCAAAGACUGCGGAGGCCUAUGGACUGUUAACGAAGAAAGCGACUGGUUGAUCUUAUACAUAUUUUUCCGCUGCUACGGAUGGAAGGAUAUUGAUUUGAACGAUGUGCGAUCUCAGAUAUUGGUUCCUUCAGCAACUCAGCGAUAUAGGAAUCUGUCCAAAGAUGAAGAGCUAAAAAUGAAAGAUAAAAUCAUCUUACUCACUACUGAACUCAUAAAUUUAAUAAAAGAUCUUCCCCUAACUCUGGCCGGUCUGAAGAUGUUUAUCAGUUCUAUUCAUCUAGCUCGUGGAAUGCAUCAUACACGAAAACAGAUGGCACUGUUUGCGGUUGAUUGGUUGACUUUUGGCUUGGAAACUGCUGGUGGUGGCGCUAAGGCAAGAGCUAAUCAUCAGUUCAUUAAUAAGGUUGCCCCAACGCAACCAUUUCUUCCGGAAGACUCAACUCCAGAAACCAUGUUUAUGACAGUCAAGGAUCUUAUCUGGAUUUGUUGUACCGAUAACAAUCGAGUUAUUCGUACCUCAACACUUGGAGCACUACAUUUCCUAUUUGCUCAACUGUCUGUAAAUACAGUUGUACGCUUGAUUAGAUUAUCACUUGAAGUAUUCGAGAAACCAGAAAUGUGUGCUAAUGAAUCAUCUGAAGGUGCUUUAGACAUGCUCAACCUUUUGUUAAAACGGCUGUUACCUAGCGAACAACUGUCUCCUGUAAAUUCACCAAGUAUGGAGGUGGAAGGUGCGUCAAAGUCAAACCCUUUGGUCUGCCAGUAUUCCUCGGAUUUCAUCCAAAGCCAGAUGUUCCCACGAAUACGUGCAAUUACUUCAAACCUUUUUAACAGUGAUUACCUCCAUGUCCGUAAAGCUGCAGUUCGAGUUUAUUUGACGUGCCUUCACCGAUGUAAACCCGAGUUACUCAAAGAAACUGUCGAUCAGAUUGUGAAAGAAUUGUGUAUAAGUGCUGGUGCAAAGCAUAUAUCUAGUCAAGAAAAUACACCUUCAAAAUUAGAGAGCUGGAAAACCAGUCCUAAAUACUGUGAGACUCUGCUAGACCUUUGUCGAUAUCUGAUCAAAAAAGUUGGCGAAAAUAACCUGCCUCCAAAUACUGGAAGUUUACAGAACAGCCUAGUCGACUUCUAUCUAAGCCAUUCAUCUGAAAAUGUUCGUGCUAGUGCGUGCAAUUUAUUCCUAACCUUAUUCAUUAGUGCUUCAAAAAAUCCUAUUCGUCUCCGCUAUUUAAUGAACAAAGUGUUAGAGAACUGGCAGGUUAGACAAGAACUUCUGACGUCUCCUAUUCCCAAAUCAGCGCCAAGUGUGAGUGAAAAUGAAAAGACUUCAGGGAAUACAAAAGAAAGACCAUUGAUUGUGAGGAAAAACACUCAGACGGUUAGCUGGACAUGGCGUGAAGGCCGAAUACACAUUUACUCUUCACUAGCGCGUACAUUAGUUGGACUUCAUCUCAAAGUGCUUUGUGAUGUGGAUACCGAAGGAUGUAAUACAACGAUAUCUGGUGAAUUUUGUGUCAGCCCAACUUUAACAGAAAUGGGUAAUAAGCGGUCUUUGACAGAUGACAAGUUGUUUGCCCAGAGAUUAUCACAGUCCAACAUUAGUCCUACUCCUAAAUCAAGACCUAGUAUCCUAGUGAUAGAUGGGGACCGCCGUUCAUCUUUAAAUAAACCGUUACAAAUCGUGAAUGGUUCACCAGCAGUUUCACGAGCGAGAAUGAAUAAUAACACUUCCCGAAAAUCUAUGUGCUUGACAGUACUGGAAAAUAUUCGAACUACUGAAAGUGGUGAGAAAGGUAGACAAAUGGAAAUUGGCAGAGCACAAACAUGGCUAAAACGCCUGAGUACAGCUCAAGCAUUUAAUGCAAUAAAUAAAACAAAUAGUCGUGUGGAACUUGAUACAAUCAGCAUGAAAUCUAUGUUGUUCAAAAUGUUACAGCUUUCCACAGAAUGCUUGCUGGACGAGAAUGUUGAACUGCGUAGUUCUGCCAAAAAAGCCUUAAGUGAUAUCGGAAAAUUGAUAAGGUGGUACGAUGGUAAUCUUUUAUUAGAAUUAAUUUCAUCAUACAUGCUUGGUCCACCGUCAAUGAUGUCAUAUGCAACUUUGAAGCUCUUGCGCGACGGCUUGUUUGAAUUAUGGCAGUAUGAUGAAAUCUUACAAAUGGAAGAACAAGAACCGGGUUUCACAGAAAAAUUUGCCAAUGUUGGAACAAUCCCUAUUUUAAAUUCACCACUACUUUUUGGUCUAUUUUCACCAGAAAAAUCAAGAUUAUGGCUUCGAACCUGCCAGCAGUAUACUUUCAACCACACAUCACCUAUAUUUCUUACUAUCUUAUCAAUGGAGUGCACACUGUAUACCCUUUGUCUCACUCACAGACUGCCCAAUUUAUCACUUGUGGCAUGUACUUGGGAGACUAUGAGACCUGAUCCACUUUCAAGCAUGCAGUACUCUCAACGUAAACUGGAAGUAGAUCCAGGAGAUGUGGCAGAAUGUGUUAAAGGGUUUGUUGAAUUCGCUCAACGCAUAGACAUACAACUUGGAGCUAGAUUUGAACCAGUAUCUAACAGUAUUGAUCCAACCAGCAUGGCAGCAACGCUUAGGCCAAGUCCGUCAUGCCUACAGCUUUCACAAACUAGUGAAAAUGGUCUCAAAAGAAAAUCUGCAUCCAGUAAUAACCCACUGGCAUCUACAGUCAUAAAAGUUAUCUCAAAACUGGAAGCAAUAAUAUACCCUUUUCUACCACCAACAAUGAAUUCAAAUCGACCUCAUCCUAAAGUGCGUAAAAUUGGUGGACUUUUAUUAUCUCCGAUACUACCAUAUCUUAUUACAUGGCCGCUAGCUCUCCUUCCUCCAGGUUUGAAUGCCACUUCGUCCAAUCUGUCCAAAGAGAAAAGACUUCUUGCAGUCCGAAAAAUCCUUCGCGUAACUGCAGCUAUCACACUCGCACUGCCAAUUGCUAACCAGUCAACAACGCAAAAAAAUGAUCCAAGUUUAAGUAGAGAUGUUAAUGAUGUACUGAAUGAGUUGAUGAUGACUGCUGAACAAUCUGUCAAUUUAACAACCGUUGCAGAUGCAUAUUUCGCUCAGCUGGAAAAUAUCAUCCUUCAACUGCAUCAUUAUUACGAUCCUGAAGGUAUGUGUAACAGUGAAUCAUGGUGGUGGGUUCGUGCAUUAUGUGAACACUUACCUCGUCUAAUGGAGACUGCUCCACUGUCUAAUCCUGUUAACCUAUUACGUCGUUUAAUAGAGGAAAUUAGAAUGAAGCCUACUGAUGCAAAAAGAAAAUCUAAUUCCAAGCUGUCUCAAUCAGGAUUGUGGAAUAAAGCACUUGAGUAUAGUCGGCAGGAAGCUCGACUUAAACUAGAUAAAAAGGAAUCUGACGACUCACUCAGAUUUAGAUGGCCAAAAGUUGGAGAGAUACUAAGAGCUAAAGAAUCCAUUGAGCAACAGUUUCUGAAGGAAAGUAAAAUGCAAAAUAAGACGUCAAAUUUGGCUUCAGUUAAAGAGACUGAUGAUGAUGAGGGGGAGGUUAACGAAGACCAAAAUCGCUUUUUCUUAGCAAGUGAUGAUGACGAAGAUUUGUUGUACACCCAACAAGAAGACGCACUGAACUCAUCUGACGAAGAAGAUACUCAAGCUAAUAAAUCUACGAAAGGAUCGAAGCUUCACAGCUUAUUUUAUGUCUCCUUAAAGCCUGAAACGAUAGAUACUCCACCAGCGUUGAAAGAUGUAACAGAAUUGAUUGAACGUAUACUACCACACUGUCAACCAGUUGUCGUGUCAACUAUACGACAAAUUUUGUCAGAUUCUGAUUCAGUCUUUACGCCAACAUUAGAAAAGCCGGUAAAGAAUUCAUCAAAUAAAUCAUUUGUCACGCAAUAA